AUGUCGGUUAAGGAAGAGGAGUCUAGAAUGGAAAAGAUGUUAGCGCAAAUCUUGAGUAAUCAAGAGUCUACAAGAGUUGAAACUAAGGCAAAUCUUACUCUUUAUGAUACUGCGAUUAAGAAUCUCGAAGUGCAAAUGGGGGCUUCACAAAUGAAUGCUAUGUCAAGAAGCAAUCUCCCCAGUGACACAAUUCUAAAUCCUAAAAGGGAUGGUAAGGAGGAGUGUAAAGCAAUCACUUUGAGAAGUGGGAUGCAAUUACCUGAAGUUCUUAUGCCAAGUGCAAGUGGUGUGAGUAGUGGAGAGGACCCGAAUAGGCACUUGAAGGAAUUUCAUAUUGUGUGCUCCACCAUGAAGCCUCAAGGAGUUUUAGAAGAACAAAUCAAAUUGAGGGCUUUUCCUUUUUCAUUGGAUGGAGUGGCAAAAGAUUGGUUAUAUUACUUGCAACCAGGUGCCAUUACCUCUUGGGAUCAAAUGACACAGUUAUUCUUAGAAAAAUUCUUCCCUGCCUCUCGCACAGCAACAAUUAAAAAGGAUAUUUGUGGGAUUCGUCAGAUGACUGGGGAGACAUUUCAUGAAUAUUGGGAGAGAUUUAAGAAAUUAUGUGCCAGCUGCCCUCACCAUCAAAUACCUGAUCAGCAGCUGGUUCAACAUUUUUAUGAAGGUCUCUUACCAACAGAUAGGUGGUUUGUUGAUGCCGCAGCUGGUGUUGCUUUGGUAGAACUUACUCCAACUGAUGCCAUGAAUCUCAUUUCUAAGAUGGCACAAAAUUCUCAACAAUUUGGGACACGAGCUAACCAAGCAGUUAAGGGGGUGAAUGAGAUUCCAACACCACAAUAUGAUCCUAAAUUUGAGAACAAGAUGGAGGAGGUCUCUAGCAUGGUUCGGCACAUUGCCUUAACACAACAAAAAUUAAUGAAUUCACCAGCAGUGCCAACUUUUCCACAGGCGUAUCCCUCACAGACGUGUGCACAACCUCAAUUUUAUAAUCCUCAGCAAGCUACCACAUCUUCUGCUUUAGUUGGGCCUCUAUGUGGCAUCUGUUUUUUGGCCACACACACUACUGAUCAAUGCCCACAGUUGGAUGAUAGAGUUGAGAAUUGUGCUGGGAUUUUUCCAACUAGACCUAUGCAACAGGGCCAAAAAUAUGAUCCUUUCUCUAACACUUAUAAUCCAGGGUGGAGAGAUCACCCUAAUUUCAGAUAUGGAGGAAGCCAACAACAACAAUAUAAUGCUACAGGUCAAAAUUCACAGCCUAUGCAACCAAUGAGGCAAUCUACUCCUAUUUCAGGGUCUAAAAAUGAUGGACCAAGUCUAGAAGAGUUAAUGAAGCAAAUGGCAACUAAUAACAUUCAAUUUCAACAACGCACUGAGACAGUAAUCCAAAAAUUGGAGAAUCAAAUUGGGCAGUUGUCCACCUCCGUUAAUGAAUUGAAGAGUCAAGGUUCUGGAAAGUUGCCUUCUCAAACAGUUGUAAAUCCUAAUUGUAGUAAUGUUAGUGCUAUCACUCUUAGAAGUGGAAAGGAGCUUCCAGAGCCCUCCACAACAUCUAUCAAGAAUAAGUCGGCUGCAGCAACACAAGUCACACUUGAGGAGGCUAAUGAAGAAAAGGAACCAAGAAAGAUCCUUCCAUUUCCAAAUAGGGAGACUCAAAGCAAGAAGUUAAAGGAAGCUGAAUUGGAGAAAGAAGUGCUUGAUGUUUUCAAGAAGGUUGAAGUCAAUAUUCCCCUUUUGGAGGCAGUAAAGCAAAUUCCUAAAUAUGCAAAGUUCUUGAAAGACCUAUGCACGAACAAGAGAAGAUUUAAAGCUAACGAGAAGGGUUGUGAGAUGAAGCCAGCCGGGAUUAUUGUCCAAUUAGCAGACAGGAGACUUGCCUAUCCUAAUGGUAUGCUUGAAGACAUUCUAGUUAAGGUAAAAGAUUUAGUCUUUCCUGCUGAUUUUUAUAUUUUGGAUAUGGGUAAAGAUGAUAGUCAUGGGCCACCACCACUGAUUUUGGGUAGGCCAUUUCUUAAGACAGCUAAUACUAUCAUUAAUGUUAAAGAUAGUACUCUUUCCAUGGAAUUUGCAGGACGUGUUGUUCAAUUUAAUCUUUUAGAGGCUAUGAAACAUCCUAUAGAGGAUCAUUCUGUUAUUAAUGUGAGCAUGCUUGAUAUGUUAAUUGAUGAUACAUAUGAUGAGCUUUACAAUGAGAUGGUUUCUAGUUCUCUUGAGAUUGUUGAUUUAGAUAGCAAUACACAUUGUUCUGACUCUAUUAUUUAUGAAGAUUCUUCUGACUGUUCUGGUUCUGAUGAUAUUGUUGAGUUAUUCAAAUCCAUGCAUGAUAUUGGCAUUGAAACUUCUAGUGACUCUGAUAUGAUUGCUUCUGACUCUGAAAGAACUAUAGACUUUGCUAUCAACUCUAUGUCAUCUAGUUCUAUUCAGCAGCCACCUAUACUUGAAUUGAAAGAUCUACCAGAACAUUUGAAAUAUGCAUUCUUAGAUGAAGGUAAGAAAUUACCGAUUAUUAUAGCAAAGGAUUCUGAUCCUUGCCAAGAGGUAAAAUUGUUAGAGGUACUGAGAAAGCACAAGAAAGCUAUAGGAUGGACACUAGCUGACAUUCCAGGCAUCAGUCCAGAUAUAUGCAUGCAUAGGAUCUUAAUGGAAGACGGUGCAAAGCCAUGUAGGCAACCUCAAAGGAGGCUUAACCCACUUAUCAUUGAUGUGGUCAAAAAGGAGGUAACAAAACUUCUUUCUGCAGGUAUCAUUUACCCUAUUUCUGACAGCCAGUGGGUGAGUCCAGUACAGGUAGUGCCAAAGAAGAGCGGGAUCACAGUUGUAAAGAAUGAAAAGAACGAGUUGAUUCCUAUGAGAGUGCAAAAUAGCUGGAGGAUGUGCAUCGACUACAGGAAGCUAAAUGAUGCAACCAGGAAGGAUCACUUCCCUUUACCUUUUAUUGAUCAAAUGCUAGAGAAAUUAGCAGGCAAAUCUCACUACUGUUUUCUAGAUGGUUUUUCAGGUUAUUUUCAGAUUUGCAUAGCUCCAGAGGACCAAGAGAAGACAACAUUCACAUGUCCAUUUGGCACAUUUGCUUAUAGGAGGAUGCCAUUUGGAUUAUGCAAUGCCCCAGCCACAUUCCAGAGAUGCAUGAUGAGUAUUUUUGCAGAUUUGCUAGACUAUUGCAUAGAGGUUUUUAUGGAUGAUUUUACUGUAUAUGGAGAUUCAUUUGAUGAGUGUCUAGUAAAUUUAGAUAAAGUACUUGAGCGAUUUGAUAAGGCUAAGGUAGAUGUGAUUACUUCUUUACCUUAUCCUACUAGUGUUAGAGAGGUCCGUUCUUUCCUUGGACAUGCAGGAUUUUACAGGAGGUUUAUACAGGAUUUUAGCAAGAUAGCCUUACCACUCUCAAGAUUGCUGCAGAAAGAUGUGGAUUUCAAAUUUGAUAAAACUUGUGAGCAAGCAUUUGAUGAGUUAAAGAAGAGAUUGACCACUCCACCAAUCAUUCAACCGCCAAAUUGGGAUUUACCUUUUGAAUUAUUAUGUGAUGCUUCUAAUUAUGCUCUUGGCGCAGUACUUUCACAAAAAGUUGAUAAGAAAUCACAUGUCAUAGCUUAUGCUUCCAGAACUUUAGAUGCAGCCCAAGCCAACUAUACUACCACUGAAAAGGAGCUUUUAGCUAUUGUUUUUGCAUUAGAUAAGUUUAGAUCAUAUCUUUUGAAUGCAAAAGUUGUUGUGUUUUCUGAUCAUGCAGCAUUAAAGUAUCUCUUAAGGAAGCCAAAUGCAAAGCCACGAUUAGAAUGGAUGCUCUUGCUACAGGAGUUUAACUUAGAGAUAAAGGAUAAGAGUGGAGCUGAGAAUUCUGUCGCAGACCAUUUGAGUCGCAUUGAAUCUCCUAUGGUUCCUUCUAUUCCUAUUGAUGAUAAUUUUCCUGAUGAAUGCUUAUAUGCUAUGCAUGAUGUUACUCCUUGGUAUGCUGACUUAGUUAAUUACUUAGCUGCCUCUGCAUUGCCUGUGCAUUUAAAGAAACAUCAAUUAGAUAAGUUCAAGAGGGAAGCUAGAUAUUACAUAUGGGAUGAUCCAUACCUUUGGCGCAUAUGUAGUGACCAGAUUAUUAGGAGAUGUAUUCCUGACAUUGAGUUUUGUGCUAGAUGUCAGCAUACAGGAAAUAUCUCCCGUAGAAAUGAGAUGCCUCAACAACCUUUACUUUUCUGUGAAAUAUUUGAUGUAUGGGGUAUUGAUUUCAUGGGACCUUUUCCUGUUUCAUUUGGAUUUGCUUACAUUUUACUAGCUGUGGAUUAUGUUUCUAAGUGGGUGGAAGCUAAAGCCACCAGAACUGAUGACUCUAUUGCUGUUGUAGAUUUUGUUAGAUCACAUAUCUUUUGCAGGUUUGGUAUUCCAAAGGCCAUUAUCAGUGACCAAGGGACCCAUUUUCGUAAUCGGAGCAUGCAGAGUUUAUUGGGUAAGUAUGGGGUCGUGCAUAAGAUGGCUACCCCUUAUCACCCCCAAACUAAUGGGCAAGCUGAAGUCUCGAAUCGAGAGAUAAAGCAGAUUCUUGAAAAAACAGUGCAACCUAAUAGGAAAGACUGGAGUAAGAGACUUGAUGAUGCAUUGUGGGCAUACAGAACUGCCUACAAGACUCCAAUCGGAAUGUCUCCUUAUCGGCUUGUUUUUGGGAAAGCUUGUCACUUACCUGUGGAGAUUGAGCAUAAAGCUUAUUGGGCAGUAAAGCAGUGCAAUAUGGAUUUAACUAAAGCAGGAGCCCAAAGAAAAUAUCAAUUGCAAGAGCUUGAAGAAUUUCGCUUGGAAGCAUAUGAAAAUUCAAGAAUCUACAAGGAAAAGACCAAGUUAAUACAUGAUAAGCUGAUAGUUAGAAAAGAGUUCAAGGUGGGACAAAAAGUGUUACUCUAUAAUGCCAGAUUGAAACUUAUGCCAGGAAAACUUCGUUCUAGAUGGGAAGGUCCUUUUAUAGUUACUAAAGUGUUUUCUUAUGGUGGAGUAGAGAUUAUGGCAGAAUCUACUGGAGCAAAGUUUAAAGUUAACGGGCAUCGGUUAAAGCAUUUUUAUGAUGGAUUUGAGACACACAUUGUGGAGGAGUCUUCCCUCCAAGAUAACACUUAA